GCAAGCUGGGAGCGCCGGGCGAGCGCGGCGGAUUGGAAAGCCGAGCUCCGCUCUGUCAGGAUGCUGCGGGCAGGAGCACCUACCGCCGGCUUGUUCCGGACAGGAGAAGUCCACACCGGGACAACGAUCAUGGCAGUGGAGUUUGAUGGGGGUGUCGUGGUGGGUUCUGAUUCCCGGGUGUCAGCAGGAGAAGCAGUGGUGAACCGAGUGUUUGACAAGCUGUCCCCUCUGCACCAGCGUAUCUACUGUGCCCUGUCUGGUUCAGCUGCUGAUGCUCAAGCCAUAGCCGACAUGGCCGCCUACCAGCUGGAGCUGCACGGAUUGGAACUGGAGGAGCCGCCCCUUGUUCUGGCUGCCGCAAAUGUGGUAAGGAAUAUCACCUACAAGUACCGUGAGGACUUGUCGGCGCAUCUCAUGGUAGCUGGCUGGGACCAACGUGAGGGAGGCCAGGUGUAUGGAACCAUGGGAGGAAUGCUGAUCCGACAGCCCUUUGCCAUCGGAGGCUCCGGCAGUACCUACAUUUACGGUUAUGUGGACGCAGCAUAUAAAGCAGGCAUGACCCCUGAGGAGUGCAGGCGCUUCACCACCAAUGCCAUCGCUCUGGCCAUGAACCGUGACGGCUCCAGUGGGGGUGUCAUCUACCUGGUCACCAUUACAGCUGCUGGCGUGGACCAUCGAGUAAUCCUGGGAGAUGAGCUGCCAAAAUUCUAUGAUGAGUGACUCGUCCCCAGACUUCCCUGUCGUGGA